GUAGAUAAACUGGUUUUACGGGUAGCAGCCAACACUUCAUGACUUGAAGCUUUGUGUGCUACACCCGGCAGAGCUUGUUGGCGGAAUAAUGUCGGAUGGAAACGUUGAAGGAUAAUUUCUGACAGUUAACAGGGGUGGUUAGCUUUUUCGGGGCUAUUUUGUCUAUUUUCUCUGUCUAUUUUGUUGUUUCACAUCGGGUGAUAAUGGUACGCUGUAACAUCGGGAUAUACAUCGAACCUGUGGUCCUCUGUGCCCAGGUUGCCAGUUCAUUUUAUGACACUGGUCUGCAGUCGGUCGUUAAAGAACGAUACGAAAAUAACUCGCUUUUCACCGACUCUGACAGUCAGCAGAAGGCUAUUUCAAACUUCUACAUGGUCUAUACCAUGUUGGGAAAAUUCAUCCCUAUCUUACCCGCUAUUAUUUUAGCCAAAUGUGGGGACAGGGGUUACAGAAAGUUACCCAUAGUCGUUCCUAUGAUCGGUUACUUUAUCUCCAGGCUGUCUCUUGCUUUUGUAAUCAUGUUCAACUGGCCUGUUGAAGUUCUGUACGGGGGAGCGGUGGUCCAAGGUUUGUGUGGGGGGUUUGCCUCGUACUGGGCAGGUGUAAUGGCUCUUGUCUCUCUCAGCACGUCUGAGGAUGAGAGGUCUAUUAGCAUUAUGCGAAUGGAGUUGGUCUAUGGUUUAGCUGGACUGUUCGGGAGUCUGGCGUCAGGCCACCUUUUCCAACUGUACACAGUCGCGUUAAAAAGUGGCGUCAUUUUGGUUGGACUAAGCGUGCUGUUGUAUUUUCUUUGCUUUCUGUAUUCAACGUUCGUGCUUCAGAUUGCUCGGCCAACUGAAGCCAGGGAGCGUCGUGAAAGCAUACUGGAACACAGUUUUAGAAACACCACCAACAUAGCGCUCCUGUUUGCUGGGGGCAUCUUAUAUGACAUUGCAGUCGGGGGAGGCAUGGACAUCUUGGUGUCUUUUGUGAUAAAAGAGCCACUUAACUGGGACGCAAGGCAGAUUGGGUACGGCAACGCUGCAGGAUUCAUGAUCUUCAUCACGAGUUUUCUGGGAGUGAAAGUGUUGUCCAGAUACGUCAGCGACGCCUCCCUGAUUGUAAUCGGGAUGUUGUCGUUUUGUGCCGGGAUUUAUUUCAUGGCCUUCGUGACCUCAACGUACAUGUUUUAUCUCGCACGAACCCUCAUGUUGUUUGCACUCAUCCCCAUGCCAACGGUGCGCUCUCUGCUUUCGAAGCAGGUGGAGGGUUCAUCUUACGGUGUAAUUCUAAUUGCGCUUCAGCUGUCUUUUAAGAUGGCCAGUCUGGCUUACACCCCUAUCUACACCAAAGUAUAUCAGGCCACUCUCAGCGUCUUCCCCGGGUUUGUCUUCACACUGUCCAGCAUCAUCACAUUCCUGGCCAUGAUUCCGAUAUGCAUCGUUGGAUGCAGAACUUCCCAAGAGGGCUAUCAAAGGAUUCAAGGAAACUGAUGGCCUUGUUCUUCUCUUCUUCAAUAUGAAGUCAUUGUUAUUAGUAUUAUUAUUACUAUUAGUUGUAGUAAUAGUACUAGUAGUAUUAUGUGCCUGUCAGCAUUAAAGAACUGUUAACAUUCAUAAUGGUAACAGGUUGGAAACAUUAGACUAUUUCUGAGGCUGUAGUGGACCUAACACAUCUAAGCAUGUUCUAUAACACACACACACUCAUUAACACACACACACACUCAUUAAGACACACACACUCAUUAACACACACACACACUCAUUAAGACACACACACUCAUUAACACACACACACUCAGUGGACCUAACACAUCACUUCAAUAAAUAGAGUUAACAGUUGACUUGCAUGAUGAAACUGUUUUAUUUUGCUUUCAAAUGUGUGUACUGUAAAUAUCUUUGUAUGUUUUAUAUGGCUUUUUUAUUGUCAGGCACAUACAUGUGUCGCAUGUGUGAAUGACGCAAAUAUAAGUGCAAUAUGUAUGACAUUUUGUUGUUACAUUUCCAAAAUGGAAGCGACAAAGAUGCCAUCUGACAGAUUUCCGAUAGUCACGAUUGCCUUGAGAGUUGUAUAUAUAGUAAAAUAGGAUAAUACACCAGUAUUUAUUUUUGAGAGAAGCUACAAUGUAAAUAUGAAAUACAGUUUCUACUUGCUCUAUUUGGUGAAGAUAUUUGGCCCAUAUCUUAUAUAAUUUACCUUAGACACUUGGAUGUAAAUGCAAAACCACAACCUAUAGAGCUUUUCGGUACAGGAAACAUCAACACCAACAUCAACUGGUACAACAUCAACAAGCAGCAUUGAUUAAACAGGGCGACAGUGGUACAGGAGGUAAAUAAGUCGUUUAGUAAUCAGAAGGUUGCUAAUUGCUCCUGAUGUGCAGUGUGCCAUCAGUGUAAAUGUAAAAUGUGUAUACAUUGUAAGUCGCUUUGGAUAAAAGCGUCUGCUAAAUGACUAAAUGUAAAUGUAAAUGUAAACGUGCCAGCAAAAGCACCUGGAUUGUGAAUGCAUGGAGGUAGACUGAGGAGUCAUUGGUUAGAUUAGCUGUAGGAAGUAGAGGUGCUUAGCAUAAUGCAACAAUGGUAUGCUGAAUUGCCUUAUUUGAAAUAAGUGUUUUUGAAUAAAAUAUUUUGUUGAACCUCA